AUGUUAAAGAAUAAUUUUCAGCAAAUCUGCAUUGUUUCACGAGAAUGCUUGCAACAAACGAGUGUUUCUCAUCUCUGCUCGGAUAUGACACAACUGAGCGAAUUAAAUGAGCCUUCUGUUUUAGAAUGUAUAAGACGACGAUAUUCAUUAAAUUUAAUUCAUACAUUCUCUGGUUUAUUCUGCGUUGUUGUAAAUCCAUGGAAAAAUCUUCCAGGUCUUUAUUCAAAAGAAAUGCGCAAUAUUUAUGCCAAAGCCUGCACAACAUCGACAGAAUUACCUCCUCAUGUAUUUUUUGUUGCUCAGAGUGCUUUUGAUGGAAUAUGUUCUCCACCUUCUGUUGUAACUUCUCAGUCUAUAUUGAUAACUGGAGAAAGCGGUGCCGGCAAAACAGAAAAUACAAGAAGAAUAAUUGAAUAUUUAAUUAAUGUUUCUGGAAAUUAUUCACAAAAAAGAGCAAAUUUAAACGAGGGAAGAAAAAGCAUAGAUUCUGCCUUAUUAGCAGCAGGGACAGUUUUAGAAGCUUUUGGAAAUGCUCAAACAAUACAUAAUGAUAAUAGCUCUCGUUUAGGAAAAUUUAUAAGACUUGAGUUUGAAAAUGGUGGCAGACUACGAUCAGCAUGCAUCGAUUGCUAUCUAUUGGAAAAAUCUCGCGUUGUAUGCCAAAAUCCAGGAGACAGGAAUUUCCACAUUUUCUAUCGACUCCUCAAAAAUUCUUCGUUUUUAGCAUCUGAUAGAGCUCAAAGAAUAGCAAAUAAGAUAUUCGGAUAUUCUUUAGUCGAAGCUGAUUUAUUUAGAUUUUUGAAUCAAGGAAAUAUUGCCGAAAAGAGUGUACAUGCUAAAUUUGUAGAUGACCUGGAAGGAGGUCGAGAGACUGAGCAAGCAAUUGAUCAAUUAGAAUUUACACUAAACGAAAAGAGUUGGAUUCGAGAAAUAAUGUUUGCCUGUAUGUUAAUUGGCCAAAUACGUUUUGGAGAACGUUCGGGGCUUGAUAUGAGUUAUGUGGAGGAAAUGAUGGAGAUUGAAGCUGUUAGUGAAUUACUUGGACUUAGCCAUUCUUCUCAUCUUGUGGAUGCUUUAACGCAACCAAGUAUUAAAGUUGGGGAUGUUUUUAUUAAAAGGAGCCAGCCUUUACGUAAAACACAAGCAUCUGCGCAAGCUUUAGCUAAAUGUUUAUAUGAAAGAGUAUUUAAUUGGAUAUUAACUAAAUGUAAUAAAGCUAUUGGGAUAAAUAAUAAUGUGGAAAAUGAGAAUAAUAAAGAAAGUAAAAAUAAUAAAUUUAUUGGUGUUUUGGAUAUGGCUGGAUUUGAAAUUAUGGAAAGAAAUUCGUUUGAACAGCUUUGUAUAAACUUCACAAAUGAACGUUUACAACAAUUUUUUAAUGAUUUUUUGUUUGUUCGAGAACAGCAAGAAUAUACUCGUGAAGGUAUUCAAUGGACAGAGCAAUCUUAUGGAGAUGACCUCCAACCUACAAUUGACUUAAUUGAAAAACCUUUGGGUAUACUUUCACUAUUACAAGAAGAAUGUAUUGUGCCUAAUGGUUCAGAACUUUCGCUUUUAGAGAAAAUGUUUCAAAGAUUGUCUCAUACAGCUCCUUCCGUGUUUUCCAAAGCAAAACAGACAUCUCGAACAUUAAAUUCCGGUCAUUUCACAAUUUGUCAUUAUGCUGGUUCUGUAAUUUACAAUGUUGAUGGAUGGUUGGAAAAAAAUCGGGAUUCUGUCGAUUCAAAUAUUUUACAAGUUUUGGCCAAUUCCCAACAUCCCUUAAUUUCCCAACUUUUUACCAAUUCCCAAUUAAUUUAUUCAAAAAGAAAAGGCCCAGCAAUGGCACAAGCAAGCAUUAGCUUUGUUUAUAGAGAACAAUUAAAUAAAUUACUUGAGACUAUUAAACAAACUAGGGCACAUUUUAUUAGAUGUAUUGUGCCUAAUCAUCAAAGAAUACAUUUUCAGUUGAACGGACCAUUAGCAAUGCAUCAAUUAAGGUGUAAUGGUGUUUUGGAAGGUAUAAGAAUAUGUCAAAGAGGUUACCCAAAUCGAGUUCGCUUUGAAGAAUUUAUCUCUCGAUAUCGAAUUCUUUCAUUUAAAAGUCAAGAAUAUCAACAGAAAAAAUUGUUAAAAGAGGACCCUAGAAUUUUGGUUGGAAAUUUAUGUGAGGAUUUGGAACUUGACGAGACACGCUUUCAGAUUGGAAGAACACGAUUAUUUUGUCGAGUUGGACUUCUUUCUGAAUUAGAAUCUCGUAGACGAAACAAACUAAGCCAAACUUUAACUGAUUUACAAGCCUAUAUUCGUUGGUAUUGGGCACAAAUUGAAUUGAAACGGAGGAGGGAUGAAUGGGAAUCUUUAUUAACAAUUCAACAAUCACUUCGUUAUUAUAUCAAACUAAAAUCAUGGCCUUGGUAUAGACUUUAUCAAAAAGUAUUUCAAUUAAUUCCUCUUGUUUUGGAUAAACGGAGAUUGAACGAAUUGUUGGCAGAAAAUAAUGAACUUAAUAGAAAACUUGGAGAAAGUAAUGAAAAAUUACAAAAAGCGAUGAGAGAUUUGAGUGAAUUAAGCGAACGCUUAGAAAAAUCAGAAAAAUCCAGAGAAGAUGAACACUCAAAAACUCAAGAAUUACGUUCAGAAUUACAUUUAAAUGAAGAAUUAUUGGAAAGAAUGGAAAGAAAAUGGGAUGAACAACAUUUAAAAGUUAUGAGAUUAAAUAAUACUUUAGGGGAACAAACUAAAGCUAUUGAAAGAUUAGAGGAGGAAAGAAAUGGAUUAAAUAAAGAAAAUGAAAUGUUAAAAGAAAAUUAUCGUCUUGAAUGUUUGGAACGUCUAUCAGUAGAACAAUCAUUAAAUAGUUCACAGGAAGAAAGUUCAAAAUUACGUUCAGAAGCAACAGAAAUGUUAACAGAAAUAAGCCGUUUACGUUCAGAAAUUAAUUUAAGAGAUGAACAAAUACACGAACAAAAAGAAUUAAUUAACGAAAAUUUAAUACAAAUUGGGGAUUUAAAUAAUUCUAUUUUUGAAGCUAAUGAAAAGUUAAAUGAAUUACAACCUUUAUUACAUUCUGAGAAAUUAGCUAGAAGAAGAGCUGAUAAUUUAGCUGAUGAUUUAAGUCAAGAAUUAAAUAAAAUGGGGGAGGAAUUGGAUAAAGUUAAUGGGAAAAGAGAUGCUAUGAAAGAACAAUUACGUGCCCGUGAAGUCCAAACAAAAAAAUUAGAAAGAAAAUUAGAAGAUAAACAAGCAGAAAUGGAUGAAUGUGUUUGUGAACUUAAAAAAGCCCAUAAACGUAUCCAAACAGAAUUACAGCAACAAUUGGAUGAUUGGAGAAGAAAAGGGCUUCGUUUGGAAACAGAAAAUGCCCAAUUGAAAGGAAAAUUAGAAGCAGCGGAAAUUAAAGAAAAAACUUUGGAAAGAAAUAAUAGUGGAAAUUUAAGGAGUGCAACUGGACGUUUUGGGAGUUUACAGGCUACACAAGAAAGGGAUUUGAGAGAUUCUAGUGUUGAUUCUGAUGUUGGGAUUGUUGGGGGAGGAAUAUUUCGCCCCUCUUAUUCCUCAAGAAAUACUACAUUAAUGUCAGCUACAGUUUCCUCUACAUGUUCUUCCUCUCUAUAUUCUGGAAGCUUAAGUCGUCGUUAUAAACGUUAUGAAACAAAUAAUGCUUUGUCAGAAUCAACACAUUCAGCAACAACAACUUCUUUAUUUGAAUCUAAUUUACUUCGACGUUCGGGAUCGAGAACUUCUUCAAUGGGAAAUUUGUCUUCUUCUGUUUCUUCAACCUCUUCUUCUCUACGCAGGGCAGCAGUUGCUAAUUCUGCUGCAAUGGUUUGCACAAAAACCUAA